GUGUAAGCUGCAGUCAUGGGAAAUGGCAUUUUUGCCAAUUGCUGUCGGCAUGUCACUGAUUUAAUCGUCCAGACAUGCGGCUUUCGUUCGACCGAUGAAAGAUCACCCCUCCUAGCAAAAUCUCCUGCUGGCUGCACUGCUCCCCCGGAUGUCUCAAAACCUUACGAGUAUGCCAGGCUGUACCCGGACGUUAUUCUCAGCAACGCAUCAAAUGAACAGCUGCAGAAACGGGCAGAAUACGUGCACGACUCACCCAAGGAGUGCAGGGAAGAAGUGGCAAGGGCCUGUGUCAACAGCUGCCUGGAGUUCAGGGCUGCUACUGCAGGCCUCCUGCAGCAGGCACAGGCAUCUUGUGCUCUGGCCGUCCUUCCUGUUGACCUUGAGAGAGAGUCAGAGACGCUGUUAAACCAUGCUCGGCUGCUUGAGGCCUGCCAGGGUUGUGUGAAACUUGAGGACGGUGGCCUGGACUGUAAAACCCGCAACCAGGAAGAGCAUGUGGUACCAGCUGACAAAACAGAUGCAAGCCCUGGAAUGCCGGUGGUUUGGCAGCAAAACCAAGACUUCUUUAAGAGGGAAGAAGCCUUGAAUUUCAAACCCUUAGACAAGUCAGGUGUCCCAUUAGACUGCAGAGCUGCCGGCCCUUACUUGGGAAGCUGUGAUACAAGUGGAUCCUCUGAAUGUAACGCGUCGGGAAAGAUGGAGGAAGUCCAGAAGGCCCAACAAGCAGUCUUGUCACCUCUCCUUCAGGAUGACAGUGCACACCUGACCCAAGUCACUAGCACUUGUUACUUAUCAACUGACCCAGCAGUGUGCCCAGCUGGAGAGUUAAGCUGCAGUCUGUACAGCGAAGGGAGUAUACUGCCAUCGAAGCAGAAGAAGCGGAAGAGGAAAAAGAAGUUUCCUUUCUUAGAGCACCCGAGUGGCAUGACGUUAAUGAAUGGGGAUGGCUUGCAUGAGAGCCUCAAGGAAGACGAGGUCAAGCAGAAUGGCCAUGAGGAAGCUGAUCCAGGGGAUGAUGGAAACGACCAGGAGGUCAUCGUCAUCCAGGACACCGGCUUCACUGUCAAGAUCUGUGCUCCAGGAAUAGAGCCCUUCUCCCUGCAGGUUUCUCCACAAGAGAUGGUGCAGGAGAUCCACCAAGUGCUGAUGGACAGAGAGGACACCUGCCACCGAACCUGCUUCUCCCUGCAGCUGGACGGCAACGUCCUGGAUAACUUCGCUGAGCUGAAAACCAUUGAAGGGCUGCAGGAGGGGUCGGUGCUGAAAGUGGUUGAAGGCAACUUGAAGAAGCAGUCAGAACCUGAGUUUGGUUUUGGUGGUGGGCGGGAGGGUGCUACAAGGAAACAGUGUUCCAUCAAGAGGAUUUUGUACUCAGUAUUGCCAAGGUGGUCUUCCUCCAGCACUCAUCUCCUGUCUGUCCCUGUUUCAGACAGUGGAAAACGGAAGAAGAAAGGUACCGAAAUGGAACAAAUUGACUGCACCCCUCCUGAACAUAUCCUGCCAGGUAGCAAAGAGAGGCCCCUAUGUGCUCUCCAGCCCCAGAACAGAGACUGGAAGCCUUUGCAGUGCCUAAAGGUAUUGACCAUGAGUGGGUGGAACCCCCCACCUGGCAACCGAAAAAUGCACGGAGACCUCAUGUACCUGUACGUCAUCACUGUGGAGGAUCGACACGUUAGCAUCACAGCAUCCACCAGAGGCUUUUACUUGAAUCAGUCAACAGCGUACAAUUUCAAUCCCAAGCCUGCCAACCCCAGUUUCCUCAGCCAUUCCCUGGUAGAGCUGCUUAACCAGAUCAGCCCGACCUUCAAAAAAAACUUUUCAACUCUGCAGAAGAAACGGGUCCAGAGACAUCCCUUUGAAAGGAUAGCUACCCCCUUCCAGGUGUACAGCUGGACAGCACCACAGGCAGAACAUGCUAUGGACUGUGUGAGGGCAGAAGAUGCUUAUACUUCAAGGCUGGGCUAUGAAGAGCACAUACCUGGACAGACCAGGGACUGGAAUGAGGAACUGCAGACCACACGAGAGCUGCCCCGCAAAAACCUGCCAGAGAGGCUGCUAAGGGAACGAGCCAUCUUCAAGGUCCAUAGCGACUUCACCGCAGCAGCUACGAGGGGAGCCAUGGCUGUCAUUGAUGGCAAUGUCAUGGCCAUCAACCCCAGCGAGGAGACCAAGAUGCAGAUGUUCAUUUGGAACAAUAUUUUCUUCAGCCUGGGCUUUGACGUCCGUGACCAUUACAAGGACUUUGGAGGAGACAUUGCUGCCUAUGUGGCUCCCACCAAUGACCUCAAUGGGGUGCGGACCUACAGCGCAGUGGAUGUGGAGGGGCUCUACACAUUGGGGACUGUGGUGGUGGAUUACCGAGGUUACCGGGUAACGGCACAGUCCAUUAUUCCAGGGAUCUUGGAACGGGAGCAGGAGCAGAGCGUCAUAUAUGGGUCAAUAGACUUUGGCAAGACUGUGGUUUCGCACCCCAAGUACCUGGAGCUGCUUGAGAAGACCAGCAGGCCCCUUAAGAUCCAGAAGCACAAAGUCCUGAACGACAAGAACGAGGAGGUGGAGCUGUGCUCAUCGGUGGAAUGCAAGGGCAUCAUCGGCAAUGACGGGCGCCACUACAUCCUCGACCUGCUCCGCACCUUCCCCCCUGACCUGAACUUUCUUCCCAUAGACGGGGAGGAAAUGCCAGAAGAAUGUAAAAAAAUGGGAUUUCCCAAGCAGCACAGACACAAGCUUUGCUGUCUCAGACAAGAGCUUGUGGAUGCCUUUGUCGAACACAGGUAUCUCUUAUUCAUGAAACUAGCUGCACUGCAGCUGAUGCAGCAGAAGGCAGACAAACCCGAGAGCUCCGGCGUGCUGGAAAACGGGGCUACCCCAGAGAAUGGCACUGAGGAGGGCCAGAAAGCUGAACCGGAGGAUAGUAAAAGAGAGGAGAGCGUGACUGGAUUAGAUAGGGUUAAAGAGUUGGCGGAGACCAUUGCCUCUGACGAUGGAACAGUGGAUCCCAAAAGCCGAGAGAUGAUUCGGAAUGCGUGCAAGGCUGUUGGCUCCAUUAGCGACACGUCAUUUGACAUUCGAUUUAACCCGGAUAUCUUCUCGCCAGGAGUUCGUUUCCCUGAAUCCAGCAAAGAGGAAGUGCAGGAUCAGAAACAGUUAUUAAAGGAUGCUGCUGCUCUCGUACUCUCGUGCCAAAUUCCAGGCUUGGUCAAAGACUGUCUUGACCACACUGUGCUCCCGAUGGACGGCGCCACGUUAGCAGAAGCUAUGCACCAGAGGGGCAUCAACAUGCGCUACCUAGGCAAAGUUGUCGACUUCAUCACCAACACCCCUGCCCAUGCACAGCUGGAUCACGUCUUUAAAAUUGGACUCGGUGAAUUGAUCACUCGAUCAGCCAAACACAUCUUCAAGACGUACCUUCAGGGUGUAGAGCUGUCGGGCUUAUCGGCAGCCAUCAGCCACUUCCUCAAUUGCUUCCUAAGCUCCUUCCCAAAUCCAAUUGCCCAUCUUCCAGCUGAUGAGCUAGUCUCCAAGAAGAAGAACAAGAAAAGGAAAAACAGGAACCUUGGAAAUGCUGAUAACACUGCAUGGGCUAGCAUGACCCCUCAGGAGCUUUGGAAGAAUAUUUGUUCCGAGGCAAAAAGCUACUUUGAUUUUAACCUCAAAUGCGAAAGCAUUGAUCAAGCUGCAGAGGUGUAUAACCUGCAGAAAAUCAGCCUUCUCCGAGAGAUCUCCCUCAAAACUGGAAUCCAGAUCCUGCUGAAAGAAUACAACUUUGACAACCGGCACAAACCCACCUUCACGGAGGAGGAUAUUCUCAACAUCUUCCCUGUAGUGAAGCACGUAAACCCCAAAGCCUCUGACGCUUUCCACUUCUUCCAGAGUGGACAAGCGAAAGUACAGCAAGGUUUCUUGAAGGAGGGCUGUGAGCUCAUCAAUGAAGCCUUAAACUUGUUUAACAAUGUGUAUGGUGCUAUGCAUGUAGAAAUCUGUGCCUGCCUCAGGCUGUUAGCACGCCUCAACUAUAUCAUGGGAGACUAUUCAGAGGCCUUAAGUAAUCAACAGAAAGCGGUACUGAUGAGCGAGAGGGUCCUGGGCAUUGAGCAUCCCAACACAAUCCAAGAAUAUAUGCACCUUGCUUUGUAUUGCUUUGCAAACAGCCAGCUCUCAACAGCAUUAAAUUUACUGUACCGUGCACGCUACCUCAUGCUGUUGGUAUUUGGGGAGGAUCACCCAGAAAUGGCACUCCUGGACAACAACAUAGGCUUGGUGCUCCAUGGAGUUAUGGAGUAUGACCUGUCCCUCCGAUUCCUGGAGAACGCUCUGGCAAUCAACUCCAAGUAUCACGGCUCCAAGUCUCUGAAGGUUGCACUGAGCCAUCACUUGGUAGCCCGAGUGUACGAGAGCAAGGCAGAAUUCCGGUCGGCUCUCCAGCACGAAAAAGAAGGCUACACGAUCUACAAAAACCAGCUCGGAGAACAUCACGAAAAGACCAAAGAAAGCUCCGAGUACUUGAAAUACCUGACGCAGCAAGCCGUGGCUCUUCAACGCACAAUGAACGAGAUCUACAAGAAUGGAUCCAACGCUAACAUUAUGCCACUUAAGUUCACGGCUCCUAGUAUGGCCAGUGUUCUGGAGCAGCUCAACAUUAUCAACGGGAUUCUCUUCAUUCCACUAAGCCAAAAAGACUUGGAGAACCUGAAAGCCGAGGUGCAGCGGCACCAGCAGCUCCAGGCGGCCAUCAGGAGCAGCGAACAGCUGGAGCCAGAGGACAGCAUCUCUGAAGAGAGAGAGACUGAGACCAGCACACCUUCUGCCGAGGUCCCCCCAGCACAGGACUCUGCUUAAAGUGUACCUCGCUUUUAAAAGAAACAAAUAAGGUUUAAACCAUCCUUUUCUGAAUCUGACCCAGGGUCUUGGACUCCCCUGAGGCAGCUUCUCCCUUUUUUUUUUUUUUUUUUUUUUUUUUACAA